UAUGUAUUUAUUUUUAAUGUUGUUACUCAGUUCGUGACAAAUUGUUUGCUUGUUUCUUUCAGCGCUCUGGCUGACGGUUUGUUUACAAAGAGCUUAACACCGGUAUUGGAGAACAUCACUACCGAUGAAAGAUGUGAUGUCCAUUUAAUGGUGCUGGGCAUCCGAGACGAGAAGGAAGGUUGGCUACAUCUGUACUGCCCUGGUGGCAUAGCCUGUGAAGAUGAUGGAGAAUUGUGGAGUAAGAUGUUGAAGAAUCUCUUGGAUUGCUGUUGCCGAAGGAAAAAAUUCCUGGAAAAUCUAACAAAAAGCAUCGGCCCUUGCAUGCUGAGGGCACUCAGGGAUGACCAGACAUUACAGUCAGCGCUCUGCUCCAUGCUAGAACUAGAAGUCGUAGACAACAAAGACCUUCAGAUGCAGAUCAUCACGACUCUGCAAAGCACGCCAACUGGCAAGCAACAUUACGCUGCGCUGUGCCAGCGUCAGCAUCAUCUCAGGCAGUUGCAACAGAAAGGAGGACCAAGGAAACUGACACUGCCUUCUAGAUCUACAGAUGCAGAUAUGGCGAAACUGCUGAGCUGUGGAUCUUUUGGAAACCUCGAGUGCCUAUCUUUGGCCUUUACGCAAGUAACGAGUGCCUGCGCGGAACAGAUCAUCAAGCUGCCAUCGCUGCGCUAUCUCAACCUCUGGUCUACGCAGUUCGGAGAUACGGGGUUGCGUUUGAUCUCGGAACAUUUACCCAAACUUCAGGUGCUCAACUUAUGCGAAACUCCAGUUACCGACAAGGGCCUCCAGUGUCUCGCCAACAUGAAAAGCCUUAGGAAGCUUAAUUUGAACAGCACCAGCUUAUCAGCCCAAACAUUUGAAAGAUUAAAACAAAAAUUACCAGCCUUACAAGAAUGUGAUAUACGGUACACAGACGCUUGGUGAUGACAUUACACAAUUAACAAAUCACAAUUACCCCCCAAAAAGUGGCAGUAUGGAUAUUGCACCUGAAAUUCGACGACACAAAAAACAUUAUCUUCUUUAUAGGAAAACUAAAAGAGACUAGAGCAGUGAUAAUAGCCUAAAAACUGCACAUGAAGUUGAGGAUUAUUGCACAUUUGCUUUGAAAAAUGUUAUAUGUGUGUUAUAGUGUGUGGAGCAUAUUGUGAGAGUCUUAGCUGGUAAACUACUCUUCGCUGUAUUAAGGAUAUGAUCUUCGGCACCUAAAUUUUCAUGUAUUUUUCCAAGACUUAAAGGAACUAGUGAGUGUUUAAUAAUAUUAAAAUUUUAAAAGUAUGUUUGAAUUAGUUUCGUGAAACAACUUUAAUAUGGAUUAAUCCUCUUUAUAAGUUUUUUUUUAAAUAUAUUUAUAUGUUUAUUCUAAUAUUAUAUACGAGAUUCUGAAGAAAAUUAAGUAACGUAUUAAAAUGAAUUAUAUAUGUUGAAAUUGGGCAGGAAUGAAAAAAAGAAGGAUAAGAAAUUGUAAAAAUUAUCUUUGCUUGUCGUAUAUUGUUAUUAAUUUUUUAAUUAUAUUUUUAAGUGUGAAGUAAAUAAAAAUUGCAUUUCAUAAAUGCUGUGUUUUGUAAAAAAGGUCUGAUAAGUCAAAUAAUAAAUUUACUCUUUCUAAAAGUCUUUAUCUUAAAAUUUUCACUAAUUUAUUCAUGGCCGAUGACCAAUAAACUUCCUUAAAAUUAAACUACUUUUCAUGGUUAAAAUUAGUAAUUAUGCUUUUUAAAUUUUCUUUUUUUGCUAAAAAAUUUAGAAUGGGGAAAAGAAUGAUUGUAUGUUGUUUCAUUAAACACAUGUACCGACCAAGGUACGUAUAGCAUAAUUAAUGAUAAGGUUACAUUUAACAUAGUGCCAAUUAUUAUUAAUAAAUUUGUAUUGUUCAAAGUAUUAUAAAACUUUAUGCUUCAUACUGUUCGCUUUUAGAAAAAAAGUUUUUUUUUUAAAUAAUGGCACUGUUCUGCCAUCUAUUGGCAUUUUAGGAAAUUAAUUAUUGUUUCAAAUUUUAGCUUUAUAAUCUCACAAUCAGUUUUCAAACUGAGGAUCUAAAAUAUACCUGUGAAACAGUCUGGAUGAGUUUUUUUUUAGUAAACUGAACUAAGAAAGUCUCGAUUUAUUUUGAUAGUCGUUGGAGGUGACAUCUUGUAUGCAUACUGCUUAGAAAGUUAUUCUUGUGAUAUGUAUGUGUGAUGUUUUACAACUGUUUACUUUCUACCUUUUUGUUUUACAGUUUUUUACAUAUGUAAGAUUAUUUUUCGGAAUGGUUAAAAAACUCAUAACAAUUUCAGAAAUGUAAUGGCGAAAUUGAAACUUGUGUUCAUAAACUUUGUAAAGCUGUUUCAAAUGUGAAAUUACUAUAGCUGUAGAUGCAAUUCGAUAGAUAAUUUGUGUAUAUAAAGUCUGUUUUCACUUUAAAUUUGAUCUUGUUUGUUUAAAAAAAUGGUAGCGCAUUUAAUCUUUGUCAGUUAUCUAAAACUUACAUUUAUUUUUUCAGUUUUAUAUUUAUUUAUAUUUAUGCUGUGUUUUGAAGUGUAAAUUGAAAAUGAUAUUGUUGUUGAAGUUAAAUAUAAAAAUACAAGGAAAAGAUCUUAAAUGUGUUUGUUGAAAAAAAAAAAAAAGAAAAAAAGAAAAAAAAAGUCUUUACACGCUUUUGCUUUGUAUAUUAGUGUGCUGCCAUCUAUUGACGAUGUUCUGAAAUUUAAUUUUCCCAGUGCUGCCAUCUGUGGGCUUCGUUUUUACUUUAUUGAGCAUUGUAGCUUUCAAAACUAGUGUUUUAAAUGUGAGUUUUGAUAAAAAUGUUAAUCUCAAUGCUCCUUUUACCGCUAAAUUUCAAACAGUAUUUAACUAUUCAUAUUUUUAUUUUAGGUAAUAAAAAAUAUCAAAAUAUAGUUGUGUAAUGAUGUACGAGCAUCAAAUUUAUAGAUGAUCAAACUAAAGUUUAUUCAACUGGUGCUCUUUUUGUAUGCAUUUUAUCAUGAAUUUCAACUAUCAUCUUCAUAUGAAAAUAUUUGAAUUAUUUCGUAUGACUGUGAAAAUCCUCACCAAUUCCACAAUUCCCACCACUUGUCUAUCGUAAUUAAAUCUAGCCGAAUGCUUUUACAAUUUAUGUUUAUGUAAUCUUUUUUUGACAAAAGCAUUCAAUAAAAUGUCUUUUUAUAAA